CGUCGCCUCCGCCCCCGUCCCCGACGAGCCAGCCGGCGCCGGAGGCGGCAGGGCCGUGGUCGCUGCCGCCGGCGCCGGCGCCAGCGUGAAGAGGAAGCAGCUCCGGGGGACGCUGUUCAAGUACGGCCCCAAGUCCGCGCAGCAUCUCGCGAUUGCUUUCGCCGAAAUGCUGGGCAGGACCGGUGCGGUGCGGUGAAAUUUCUCGGCUAGGAUGGUUCUGGAAGCUUCCACAGGGCCACCGCGUGGUGCCACAGACUUUGGAAGGCCUUUUCUGACGUUCGAGAUGCGGGAUCUCCCUUUUUAAUUGGUGCUUUCCGCUUUAGCUAUUGGGGGUUCUAUGUUUUCUCUUGCAUGUUUAAAGUGUGGUUGUUUAGAUUCCUCCUAUGGAACAGGGAAGCUUCUAUGAUGUGCAACGACUCGUAAAUGGUGCUGAUUUUGCCUUUAGGGAGCAGACUUGGCAAUUUGUUGUUUGGAGGGUGGCAUUCAAAACUGGUGAUUUUAACCACCAAGUGAUCUUCAUUGGCGGCCUUACAGAUGGGCUUUUAGCAACUGACUAUUUGGAACCAUUGUCACUUGCAUUGGAGGUUGAGAAAUGGUCCCUGGUGCAACCAAUACUUUCUUCAUCUUAUACUGGAUAUGGAAUUUCCAGCUUGGAGCAAGACGCAUUGGAGCUAGAUCAGCUCAUCAGUUACUUGAUAAAUAAGGAAAAUUCUGAAGGAGUAAUAUUGCUUGGUCACAGUACUGGUUGCCAGGAUAUUGUGCAUUACAUGCGGACCAACUUCGCUUGUUCCAAAGCAGUUUCUGGUGUUAUUUUGCAGGCACCAGUAAGCGACAGGGAGUAUAGAGCAACUCUUCCAGAAACAGCAGAAAUGAUAGAUUUGGCCGCCAAAAUGAUUAGUGAGGGCCGUGGAAUGGAUUUGAUGCCUAGGGAAGCAAAUCCAGAUGCUCCCAUUACUGCCUACAGGUACCACUCUCUUUGUUCAUAUAUGGGUGACGAUGAUAUGUUCAGUUCAGAUCUUAGCGAAGAUCAAUUGAGACAGAGACUUGGUCAUAUGUCAACCGCACAAUGCCAGGUUAUUUUUUCAAUGGGGGACGAAUAUAUCCCAGAAUAUGUUGAUAAGAAAGCACUCGUAGACAGACUAUGUCGAGCACUGGGUGGUGCAGAGAAAGUAGAAAUAGAAUGGGGAAACCAUGCUCUGUCCAAUAGGGUGCAAGAGGCAGUUGGGGCCAUUGUAGAUUUUGUUAAGAGGGAGGGGCCCAAAGGAUGGGACGAUCCAUGGAGCUAGAUACGGCAGUCAGUUCACAAGUGUAACUAGUCUAUCUUUUUUUCUUUUUCCUCCUAGGUGUAAUGUCUUGUUUAUGCAUAAUCCUUGCUCCAAUAUUUCAUAGUACCAUUAUGAUUCAUUUAAUUUGAUCACUUUAGCUUGGGUCUUGUUCUCUUUUUUUUGUUCACAUGGACAUUCAGCUACAGUACUUCAAAUUUGUAAAUUGCUUCUUUUUGAAUCCUCUUGUUUCUCAAAUCUGUAUUUGGUUGAACCGUUA